AUGUUAAUUGCGGCAGGUACAAUAGAAAGUCUUGUUAAUUAUCUUGUAAAUUUUAUUUCAUCAUUAACAUCUGAUAAAGUUUUUUUGUUUUUUGUUCAUUCACAAGCACCUAUACUACGAAGUAGAACAAAAGAAGAUGAAAAACAUUAUAAUGAACAACGAAUACGAAAUGAAUUAGAUUUAAAACGUAUUUAUAUUUAUGCAGCACGUGCAAUACAAACACAAGAUCAAACUAAUUUAAAUCGAUAUGCAUUAGUUAAAGGUUCAAUAAACAAUUCUUUUUUUUUAUUUGAUUAA